UGGGCGGAGCCUUUACAUCGAUUUCCUGUUUGUGGCGGUACAGAUGGAUUUCGUUGCUUUUCAGCGUCGAUAGCUGGGCAUGGUUGUUCCAUAGUAGUGACCCAAAUGGAUUCAUGCGGCUCGGACACGGAGGGCGAGGACCAGCAGCAGAAACCUCUUCUUCACCGCAGAGACGAGGACAACAUUCAACGGGCUCCAGCAUGCUUUUCUGCACGCUAUGGCCUGGCCCUGUUGUCGUGUUUCGGCUUCUUCGUUGUCUACGCCCUGCGGGUCAACCUGAGUGUGGCCAUGGUGGACAUGCUCAACAGCACCCACCAAGCACACCCCAACCACAGCAGUUCUGUGUGCCCCCCCCACCAAAGCCCCGAACGCCCCAAACACAACCAAACUGCCAGGGUGUACAACUGGGGGACAGAGACGCAAGGCUGGAUCCUGGGCUCGUUCUUCUACGGUUACAUCCUGACCCAGAUCCCCGGGGGCUACCUGGCGGGCCGUUUGGGGCCCAAAUGGUUGCUGGGUUUGGGCAUCCUGGGGACGGUGGUGUUCACUCUGCUUACCCCCUUGGCGGCUGACCUGGGUGCCGGCUACCUCAUCGCCGUCAGGGUCCUGGAAGGUGUCGGGGAGGGUGUCUCCUUCCCUGCUAUGUACAGCAUGUGGGCAGCGUGGGCGCCGCCCCUGGAAAGGAGUCGUCUUCUCACCAUCUCCUACAUCGGAAUCCAGAUCGGGACGGUGGUGUCUCUCCCGCUGUCAGGCGAAAUCUGUUUCUACCUGGACUGGACCUACGUCUUCUACAUCUUUGGUGCAGUGGGCCUCUUGUGGUUUGUGCUGUGGACAUUCCUGGCCUACGACACUCCAGACACUCACCCGUGGAUAUCGGAGCGUGAGCGAGUCUACAUCACAAGCUCACUUAAGAAAGAGCUGUCGCCACCGGGCGGACACAUCCCCUGGCGAGCCAUCGUGACGUCACGCCCACUGCUGGCCAUCGUGGUGGCUCACUUCUCAUACAACUGGACCUUCUACACCCUCCUCACCCUGCUACCCACCUAUAUGAACGACGUACUGGGCUUCAGCAUACAGCAGAACGGCUGGUUGUCGGCGCUGCCUUACCUGGGCUGCGGUCUGUUGGCCCUACUGAGCGGUCAGCUGGCCGACUACCUGCGAGAAAGCUGCCGUUACCCCACCGUCACGGUCCGGAAGUGCUUCUCCCUCGUUGGUAUGAUCGGACCGGCAGUCUUCCUGGUGGCGGCGGGUUACACGGGAUGCAACUACACCUUGGCGUUGACUUUCCUCACCAUCUCCUCUUCGCUGGGCGGAGUGUCGGCGUCCGGCUUCAACAUCAACCAUUUGGAUAUUGCUCCUUCGUACGCGGGCAUCCUGCUGGGCAUCACCAACACCUUCGCAACCAUUCCUGGCAUGGUGGGACCCGUCAUUGCAAGAAGCCUCACUGUAAAUAACACAAUGGAAGAAUGGCAGACGGUCUUCUACAUCGCGGCAGCCAUCAAUGUUUUCGGUGCCACCUUCUACAGCAUCUUCGGACAAGGCAACGUCCAGCCCUGGGCCAUCCACACCGACUCAUAAAAGAAAGGCACAUUGCACAACAAUGUCAGCUUGUGCCUUUCGCACAGACGCCUCAUUUUAUUUUAUGCUCUGUUGCUUUUUUUUUUUUUUUUUCUUGUGACAGAAUGUACUGUUUCCUGCAGAUAGCAAGAUAAAUGUUAUUGUUUUACAAUUCUCAGGUAAUGGAAUUAAAAGGGAUCAUGUAGUUACUGUUUAACAAUCUUGAGGUUUUUUUUUUUACAUGCAUAACACAAAGAGAAGUAGCAUACUUUAGUAUUAGAAGCGACAAGGAUGUCCGUCCACUUUGCACGUGUUCCAAAUGUCACUUGAUCAGUCUUGCACUUGUGCCUUAAUGAAUUUUUUGAACCCAGUCACACACCGGGUGGCAUUAAAAAAAAAAAGUAGUGCCGUAUUUCUUGAAAUGGGAAUCAAUGUCAAUGUAUAGAAUGGAAUUAUUGUAAAGCAGGGUUGUGUAGAUUUGUGCUACUCUUCCACUUAUGUUCUGUGAAACUUUCUAAGUCCUUUGGUUUAUGUGAACUCGGAUGUUAAAAUCAUCAUGUGUGAUAAACAUUUAAUUGCAAUAGAACGAUGCUCUAUUAUUGUCUUAUUUUUGCUGCUUUGAAAAACUGUCAAAGAUGUAUCAAAUCAAGUGUCAGAAUGCAUUUAAAACAUUUGAAGAUACUUUUGACAUGAUAGGUAUUUUUUCGUUACCAAAAUUUUCCAAUAUCAAUCGGGACAUGUUUGGAAUGAUUCGAAUUUUCUGCAAUUUCGAUAUUUCCACAAUAAAAAUUCGAUCCAUUUAAGUUAAAUUCA